AUGAAAUUCCAAGGUCUACCAAAGAAUAAGAAGGAGAUGAACGACGUUGGCGAUCCUAGCCCAUACGAGGAAGAUGGCUACGAGGCUUAUGAUAGUGACGAGGUUCAUUCGGCUUCGGUCACGGCUUGCCAGCUGCCAUUCAUGGUGGUACUGCUUUGCCAGCUUGGUCCGGCUUCAGGAACAGUGGCGGAGAGUGUUUGGAGAAGAUGUUGGGGGUGGAGACAAGAUCAGCAAAAAUUAAACAUAGAGGAAAGGAAUAAAAGAACUUCUCUGAAGGCCGCUACGGCGCGCAUCCCCAACAAGAUGAAUUCCGAUGGAAUGCCGGGAAUGACUGCUGCGGCUGGGUUACGUGAAGUGAGCGGUAUCUUCUUAACGAGCCCAAGAAAGGACUGGACCACUUGGCCGCAGCAUGGAUUUCCCCCAGACGACAAAAACCACCCUAGAAAGCAUACCGAGAAAGUUCGAAAGCAUAGACGAAGAUAA